AUGAGACUCAACUUCGCCUACCCAGCCACCGGGCUCCAGAAGUCAUUCGAGGUCGAUGAGGAGAAGAAGCUCCGCGUCUUCUUCGAGAAGCGCAUGUCCCAAGAAGUCGCCAUCGACUCUCUCGGAGACGAGUGGAAGGUUAGUGAGCCACCGAAAACACAGAAACGAAGCGAUGGAUACGUCGUCAGAAUCGGAGGAGGAAACGAUAAACAAGGAUUCCCAAUGAAGCAAGGAAUUCUCACCAACGGACGUGUCCGUCUUCUUUUGAAGAAGGGACAAUCUUGCUACCGUGAGCGUAAGAACGGAGAGCGCAAGAGAAAGUCCGUCCGUGGAUGCAUCGUCGAUGCUAACAUGUCCGCUCUUUCCCUUGUCAUCGUCAAGAAGGGAGAUGCUGAGAUCGAGGGACUCACCGACUCCGUUCUUCCACGCAAGCUCGGACCAAAAAGAGCCUCCAAGAUCCGCAAGCUCUUCAACUUGACCAAGCACGACGAUGUCACCAAGUACGUCAUCACCCACGAGAAGACCUUCCCAGACGGUAAGUGUGUCGUCAAGACCAUCGCUCCAAAGAUCCAACGUCUCAUCACCCCAGCCCGUAUCGCCAGAAAGAAGUACCUUCUCCGCCAAAAGCGCACCCAGAAGGAAAAGGUCCGUGAGGAGGCUGCCGCUUACCACAAACUUCUCGCCAAGUACGCCAAGGAGGAGCACGAUGCCAAAAUCGCCCGCAGACGCUCUUCGGCUUCCCACCACUCCGAGUCUGAGGUCAAGAAGACCGGAAAGAAGUAA